AUGGCCGAUUCUAGGAAGCGAGAUGCCGGAGACGAUCACCACGAUCAGCCAAACGACGGCGAGGAUGUCUCCGAUUCGUCGACCAUCGAUACUCGAUCUAACGCUGCCGAUGCUGGAUCCGAGCGCGAGAAUGAACGGACGAGGAUCGCGAGUAGAGUUUCGGAUCCGUUGACUGACGACGAAGGCGGUCGAGACUUUUUGCUCGGGGAGGAUAGGGUUUUGCGGUGGCUGCAGGCUUUGGAUAUGCAAGUCCUUGGAGCUUGUCGAGGUGAUGAGAGAUUGAAACCGUUGUUGAAGCUCAACGUAUCCAACGGGAUGGCCGAAGAUCGAUUGCUUGCUCAUCUUAGCCAGCACUUCGAGCCGGCGGAAAUUGGUAUGCUGGCGAGAUGUUUUUGCAUACCUCUGGUUUCAGUACGCGUCGGGAAGAUCAAGAAGGAUGGGACCCUAAUGCGCCCCACUACGAUAAGGGGUAACUUGAGCCUUAUGGUCUUGCCAACAUCAGACAUGCGACUCUCGUUUAUCGGAGACGAUGGUCACUCAGAACAACUCUUUACUUAUACCAGAAAAUCUCAGUGCUCCGCGGUGUCAAUUGAGGAGAUAACUGCAGACAGCUCUGGUAGAUCUUUUGUUAUAAGGAUCGCAGAUGGAAAUGCUUUUUACUACUGGUGCUCAGAGAAGUCAAAACUUUUGGGAACUGAAUUGCGUAGGAAGAUGAAAGACUUGAUCAAGAAGAAGCCAUCAAUCUCAGAACUAACUGGAAUUGAGGAAUCUCGUCUUGGCUCUGUUGCUUCUCAUCUCCGUUUGUAUCUCAUUGGUUCGGUGGUGCCUAACAUCAAGGGUUGUCCGGUUCCAACUCCUGAUUCAUUAUCGUCUUCUGGCUCUUCUGAAACAGCUGAUUCAUCCUCCUCUAGUGCAUCAUCGAAAUCUCUUAGAUCACGCCACUCUGGAACUCAACUGACCAAGUCGCAAGGAAGCCUCAGCCCUAGAUCAAGCUCUUUCAAAGAAAACACACUGAGAAACUCUUCUCUACGUAUCUCUUCUAGAGACAAAUCAAAACGACGCAGUGAAGGCUAUUUCUCAAUCUUUGAUAACUUACCCACCAAUGUAGAGGGGCUUAUCCAGUCAGAAGAAGAAGGUGAAGAAGCCGCAGAGGAUAAGAAUGUGUUUGAUCAAAUAUUCGCUUCUGAUGCAGCCGAGUCAGCGCCAAGUGCAAUGACCUUACCACCCCACUUUCCUUUGAAGAUGGGUCCACCAGUGUUUUCUCCAUACUACUGCUGGUGCCCUCCAAGCACAUCAUCACUUCACGCACCAUCUGCUUCUUAUCAGUUUCCUCCACUAUCCAUCGAGCUACCUUCGCUUCCACCUCUCUCAUCCUUACUACCAUCAUCCGGAUCCGAUGGGUUCUUGAUCCCGUCAUCGCCGCUCGAUCUCUCUGAUAUCCCUCCGUUACCAUUAGUCCACCGCAUACCAGGCUCAUCAUCAUCCUCCUCUUCCCAGCAGAUGAUGAUGCCUAUAAUGUGUGACCCUAUCGUUCACAUUCCGGUAAUCGAUAUAUGCUCUUCGGGUCAAGGCUAUCUGGUGAGUGCUGGACCUACAGGGAUGAUAACCACCAGCAUCACUCCUCUCCCUGUGGAGAAUGAUUCGCUGGUUGAGAAAGGUGCAAGAGAAACUCUACGGUUGCUCAUAAGCGGAGCCAACGCAACAACCUCAGCUCCUUUGAACCACCAUGGAAAUAGAGGUCUGUACAGUGGGAGCCGAGAAUUAGGUGGUGCGAGCUUGUUUGCACCUAUUGGGCUGCAACAACCAAGUCCAGGUGACGGAGGAGAUGUUGGUGGUGGUGGUGAGAGUGUGAGCUCAGGUGAAGCAGUUCAUGUACCUCCCCGAGAGUCUUCUUCUGGUUAG